CUUACCAGAAUUAUGUCGCAAAAAUAAUCCCAAACUUUCUUUAGUCAUCUUCUGUAAACAAAUAUUCUGAGAAAUUGCUAGGGAGGACGACUAAAACACUUUGGUAAACAAGUAUCCUAGCCUAUGGCCACCUCUUCCUCAGAAUCAUUUCAAUCAGAUAUGGAGCAGUGUGUAAUCAUACAGUUGGCCAAUCCAUCACAGCCCGUGGCUUCUUUAACUCAGCAUAUGGCCUUGUCUUCAUCUCAACUUGACGAUCUAAAAAAGUACCUACCACUGUAUAAAGCUAUACUCGGAGGCGACUUACGAUAUGUACAGGAAGUCUGUAACGAGGAUAAGCAUGUGUUAGAAGCCAGGAUCACGGAAAACUCUGACACAGCUCUUCAUGUAGCUGUAGGAGCAGUCACCGCGAAUCAUAUCGUGGAGUAUCUAUUGACUAAAUUACUAAAUGAUCAGGUGGCACUCACAAAUAAAGACGGCAAAAGUGUGCUUUCAGUUGCUGCAAUUGUUGGCAAUGUCCAAGCAGCCAAAAAGAUAAGGAAGAAAUGGCCAGAUUUAUUGGAUAUCAAAACACUUUUAAUUGAGGCUGCUCGACGUGGCAAUAAGGAGAUGAUUACCUAUUUAUUGAAAUUCACGGAUAGAAACUUGUUGUAUUCCUAUCCGGAUAAAGAUAAAACCGGAGUUCUGUUCGUUCAUUGGCUAAUAAUCGCUGGAUUUUAUGACUUAGCUGUAAGGGAGGUUGAAGAUUAUCCAAAUUUAGCUCUAAUGGAGUUAGAUCAUGGUGAGACUCUUUUGAGUACAAUGGCCAAAAAGCAAAUUGCAUUUUCCAUUGGAAAAAAGCUAAAUUUUUGCCAGAACACCGUCUAAAUAUGUCAGCGUAUUUUUGUAACGGUACACCACAUAGCACGCAAAUUCAUCCCAAGCUGCAUGAUCAGAAACAUGAUGCUGUUCAUCCAAAGCUGCAAUCGAAACAUGAUGCCGUUCAUCCAAAGCUGCAAUCGAAAAAUGAUGCCAUGCAUCUGGAGCAACAACCAAAAAAUGAUGUCAUGCAUCCCAAUUUGCAUCCGAAACAUUUGGUUGAGGUAUAUCCAUGGCAUUAUAUCAGAUCGAGUUUACCCAAGUAUAAUUGGAGAGAAAGAAUGGAGGCAUCAACAAAUAAAAAGGCUUGCGAAAGCCUUGUGCACGAAAAUUACAAAAGAUCUAGGCUAUGAAAAAGCUUCCUCAAUAUUGAAGGAAUCACUCCUUUUAGCGGCAGAAUCAGGGGCUCACGAAGUUGUGGAAGAGAUUAUAAAAUCAUUUCCAGAUGCAGUCUUGUGUGCAGAUCAAGAACAAUAUAGUGCAUUUCAUUUAGCAGUCAUUAACCGCCAUGAAUGGGUAAUCAACCUCAUAUUCGAAAUGAGUGGCCACAAACAUUUGUUGUUGAUGUCUCAAGACAAAUCUGAAAAUAAUAUCUUGCAUUUAGCUGGAAAACUUGCCCCUCUAUGUCAACCUAAUCGCAUCCCUGGUGCAGCACUAAAGAUGCAGCAUGAGUUGCAGUGGUUUAAGGAAGUAGAGAAAAUUGUACCGCCUACCAUCAAAGAAAAUAAAAAUUCUCAAGGAAAAACUCCAGCAAUGGUAUUUGUUGAGGAACAUCAGGGUCUUGUUAAAGAAGGUGAAAAAUGGAUGAAAGAUGCAGCCACCUCUUGCUCAAUAGUAACAAUACUCAUUGCUACAGUAGUAUUUGCUGCAGCAAUUACUGUACCUGGUGGGAAUGCCGAUAAUGGUGGCAUUCCAAAUUUUUACUCUUUCCCGGCCUUUACUAUCUUUGCCAUUGCCGAUGCAAUCUCUUUGUUCUCAUCAGUAGCAGCCAUCUUCAUGUUCAUGUCCAUCCUUACUGCACGCUACGCAGAAACUGAUUUUCUAUCUGCCCUGCCCAAAAGAUUAAUAUUGGGUCUUUUUAUGUUGUUCCUGUCCGUAACAGCCAUGAUGGUAGCCUUCGGUGCCACUGUUUAUUUGGUGAAUUUUGAUUACGAGGAUAAUGAGUUAAGGAAAGACUGGGCAUUUUAUUUAGUAAUGGGAUUGUCUUUUUUGCCUGUGUCCGUUUUUGCCUAUUCGCAAUUUCCCCUCCUAGUGGACUUGACCUUUUCCACAUAUGGCCCCAGCAUUUUUGGCAAGCACAGCACAGGUGUCUUAUACACGAAAGAUGAGUAAAAACUAAAAAUUAAGGGUGUUAUAUAUUGUCCAAGUUUUAUAUUUUAAGUGAUGUGAGAUUAGUAUUUAAAAUUUCAAGACUUGAGUCUUGAAAUAUGAAACUAUGUUAUACUGAAAUUAGUCUUUACUAGAGUAAUAUAUGUGCCUAUUAUUAGAGUUAAA